AUGAAAAACUAAACAUUGUUUUCGAAGAAGAAAUUAUUUUCAAACAUGAAAACAAUGAAAUAUAUCAACAAUGGGAAGAUGAAAUGAACUCCCAUUGGAACGAUAUUCUCCAAGAAGAUGAAAACUCCUGGGAUAAUAUCGAAGAUCGACCCACCUAUACGGUCGAUUCUGAAGAAUUUGAAGAAGGAA